UUAGCUGACACACAAGAAACAACUGCACAGGAGGAAGGACUUCUGAAGCAAAGAGAGAAGUUUUGGUUUAUUUUCAGUGAAUGUUGGAGGAAACCCUGACGGUUCAAACCCCGCGGGUCCAGUUUAGCUAACCUCCGGGCAGGUGCCGCUGCCACUCAAACCUCUCCUCAAAACCACCAUCAGGUCCAGGAAAGUCUUCAGCUAGUAACAUGAAACUCUGCAUGAAAAACCUGAUAAUCGACCCCUAAACGGCUGCAGCAGCAAGAUCAUACCCGUUUCUAUAGAGCGCAGUUUUUCAUCCUUCAGACUGACUCAGAAACCACCAUGUCAGCAGUUUAAUGGAACCGAAGAGACUUACGGACUUCCUACGAACUGUACAGAGGACUAACCUGCUCAGAAAACUGAAAAGAUGCUCCGUGAGGGCGUGUAAGCUGUCUGUAAACAUCUAAAGAGACAAAACCAGGAUGUCUGGGUCUGAGGAGCGGACUCUGAUGGACCUGAACCUGCAGAGGGACUCAUGGUGUCAGGUGGAGGCAAACCCCCGUCAGUCCUGGGAGAGACCAGAGAGGAGGCAUUACCGGGGUCACCUGAAGACCAGCCCGGUCCUCCUUAGUGCUCUGACCCAAGGACCGAAGCCCCAGCCGGUCUGCAGAGCUAGACUGGCCCCGGUCCAGCUGGUGGAGAGGAGACAUUUUGAGGAGAGCUAUAAAUCCCAGCUGUAGACACAUCUAACCUGACUCCACCUUCUAACCAAGACUCAAACUUCACAACUUUAUUUAAACAUUCAAACAGACACAAAGGAAUCUGUAUUUAGCUUUAAGCUUAAGCUCCGCCCACCCUUCAGGAGGCCUGAGCGU